AUGAAUAAUCUUAAAUGCUAAUCCUGUUUCAAAUUUAUUGCAAUUGUACGAUGCAAAGAAUGUGACAUCAAUACUUGUUUCAACUGUGAUGAAAAUCUUCAUUAAGAUAAGAAGGAUACUCAUUGCAGAACAACUAUUUCAUUCUAAUCUCAAUCAGCAAAUUAACCUUAAGACGAGAAUCUAAUAGAAGUUAUAAAGCAAAAGAAAAAACAAUUACAUGAAUUGAAGGAAAAAGAAUCUCAUUUGACUAAACACUAUUAGGAUAGAAUGAUAUCAGCCAAGAAGAAAUAUGAAUUACAAAUUUCAGCCUUAGAGAAUAGAUUGCAAUAGGCUUAAUAAUUCAUGAAUGAAGUCAGUCAAGAAAAUGGGGAAAUUGAUGUAGAUAAUAUGUAGAGUGAAUUGGAGAAUUUAGAAAAGAGUUUGAAAACAGAAAUUAAAUUAGCGGAAGAAGAAUAAAAGAAAUUGGAUGAAAAAACUUUAAAAGUUGAUACUUUGUUAGAUAGAGUUAAAAAGGCUACAGACAUAGAACAAUAACAAAUAUCUAAAAUGAAUGAAGUUAUAUAAAUCUUUAAGGCUUGUUCAGAAUAAUUACAGAAAGAAAAAGAUCUAUUGAUGCUUGAUAAUGAAAAAUUGAUUGGAGAAGUAGAGAUCUUUGCUAAAUUCUUCGAUGAAAAUGGACCCUUGAUGGAAGAAUUAAAUGCCUAAAAGAAUAAUGAAUAAUAAUGA